ACCUGAUAUUUGCUCGGUUGGGGUAAAGUGCUUGCUGUGGGAGAGCGGUGAACAACAUCACAUCGUCAGGCCUUGAAGCGCUCUUUUUAAAGGAACUUUACGAUUAAUCGACAUCAUGGGAAAGAAUACGAAAGAAAGCAAAGAAAUCGAAAAAGUUCAAGUGCAAAUACAGGUCCAAUCCGUACCGGAUGGCGGUUGGGGAUGGAGCAUUUGUCUUGCCGGUUUCAUCGCUCAGUUCGUCGUGUUGGGAAUACAGAACAACACCGGCAUUCUUUACAAGGCACUGUUAGAGGAAUUCAAGCAAAGCAAAGGAGAAACAGGUACAGUGUGGCAAUUAUGUUUAAUAUGACUUCAAUCCUCAAUCUUUAAACGAUCGGUAAGUCUCUUAUCGUUAUGAACACGCUGUUGAGAGCUCUUGUUCCGUUCGAAAUGUCAUCUGAAUUGUGGUAGGGGACUGGUUUAUAUAAAUAGCAAAAAAAAAAGUUGAAAAUUAGAUGUGUGGUCAGUUCCUUCGUCUUAAAUUCGCCGGAUUUUACCCCAUCUUUCUACGCUGAUGCGAUUUCGCUGAAGAGGAAAAAUUAUUUGCGACACUGGACGAAUUUUUUUUGGAAGGAACCGCGAAAUUACCGGAUACGUCAAACCGGCCAAUAAUUUCUUUGCUUUGAAUCAACAACGUCAUCCGUAGUGUUUCUCCUUAACAGUUUAAAUAUAUCCGAAAGUUAAACUAUCCGUUGUGAAUAGAAGGAGAUGGCAUCUUGCGGUAUUAGCUGUCAUCGGCAGAAUUGAGUUGCGAUCGAGAGCGAAAAUCUUACGCGCAAUGGUUCGAUGUCAGAAAUUUAGCCAUCUGCUGUUGAUUAGAUUAUCCAGUACUCUAAUGGGACCGUAUUUGAUUUUUUCUGCUUGUCAAAUCGCUAGUGGUUCAAGGACGAUACGAAAGGAGAGAGAGAUUAUGUGGUAAAAAAAGUUGCGUUUGUUAACAAACUUGAGAGCAAAUAAUUACCGGAAGUGAAUUUGCAAAGCCAAGGUUAGCGUUAUGCAAAUUUUAAUUGAGUCUCUGCCGAGGGCUGAAGAAAGGUUGAAAUUUUUGCCCAUUCCAGUUGCAAAAAAUAUUGUGAGAGCUCGUUGUGAUUGCUGGUUACGUCUGCACCAUUUUACGCUUUCUAUAUACUCCUUUCGUUCUUGCGACAUUUAAUCUGCAGUUUCCGAUUCCUGCCGAUAUGAAUAACGCUCACGGGUCUUUCGAGCUAUCAAAACACUGUGAAUUAUCUAUUUUUGUACAAUUUGCGUUGUCGGCUCGCUUUUGUAUAACGCACUGCAGAACAACUUCUAUCCUUGCUAUGAAUAAGAGGGGAGGCCCCUUUUUGACCUAAAAACAUCGUUUAUUUGCGAUUUUCUGUUAGAGGUAAAUACGGUUUUGUUAAGUCCCUAAUACCCUGUUUUCUCUGACCUUCUCACAAGGCCAGAUAUAACUUUGCAUAUCGGACUUCAAAACAAAGCACUGUUAACAACAUUCACCAUCUUGGCUGGUGCUUUUUCCCAUUUCUUGCGUCUUGGCCACAGAAUAAAGUAAUUUCUCGGUCUGUUAGGAAAUAAUUCUGUUCCCUGCCUGGUUUUACACCUUCACAUUUUCGGGUUUUGGUUAAAGGUGUGGGUUUUGGUUUGUUAUAUAACCUGCACGCGUUGAGAGUCGAAAACAGCCCCUGAUUUGCAUGUAACAAUAACAACUCCAGGUUUUAUUAUCAAAUGCAAAUCUUGACAGUUUUUUGACAACAUUUGGCUUAUGUUUUUAGCAAAGUUAACGAUCGAUUAUUCUAAAGCUAAAUUAUUCUCAGUAAUCCAAGUUUCUUAAAGCCCGCAAAAUGUUCUUUGCACUUGCGAUGAUGCAACGAUAUCUAUGCAACUUGCGCUUUUUAAAGAAAUCUUAUAAAGCUUUGUUCCUUCAGCCAAUGGCAACGUAGGACCACUUAAUGUACAUUUGUACCUUAAGAUGCAUUUGUCAUUUGUCAGAACAACAGAUGUAUUUAUUUAGACAAGCCACUCAUGCAAUAUAAAUUUUGGAAACUUGCUUAUGUGUAGCUGUUAUUUUCCAGUGUAACCUUGCCGCUUUUUGCAGGAGACUUCGUAAUGAUGUUAUGUUAGAACACAUGUCGAAAUAUUUGUUUUCCGCAAGCUCCAAAGUCAAUUGCAAGCACCAAUCAAUCAAUCUUGUUUUGUUUUGCGUUUUGGGCGAGUGCAGAGUAUUUAUGAAUAUCAAAAACAAGAUUGGUCUAUUUAAGCAGGCGGAUUAACUCUUGAAAAGGAAGCUCUCUUCAUUUUUGCGUAUAUUUCUCGAGCGCGAGACGAACUCAGCUCCGAGGUAUCUUAGCAGCUUUUUCUGUCUCAUCAAUCACACUGUUCGUAUGGGUACCCUAUGGUUGAACAUAAUCCAGCAAGCGUUGGAGGCGGGGCAGGGGUAUAUUUGCCAAGAUCGGUUAGGAGAAUUCAGCUUUUAACCAAAAUAACAAACUACAACACUCCUCUCAAAUCUUAGCCUGUCAGCUGAACGAUUUAUUGCUGUCACGUCUGGGAUUUUGAGUUUUAACUUGCGAGAGGAUCGGACGAUAUUUUAAAAAAAAUAAUAACUUGUGAUAAAGCCUUUUGACAUUUAAGGUUACUUACCACCUUCAGAGGCCAAAGAAAUCAAUUUUUUUCUUUUAUUUGACUAAACUGACGUUUCUAUAAAAACAUUUUCUAAUAUCUUUAAAAGAACCCGAGUUAUUUGGGAAAACGUAUUUUCAAAUAAGAGUUAAUAAAUCAGGAAUCCACAAGAGGAUUUUUCGCGGCAACCGCUCAUCUUGGGGCUCGUUACAAAUCGUAAUUUUCAAAUAUGUCUGUCGAUCUGAUAACACAUUUUCUGGUUUUUCCUUUUUUGGCGCGGGUUUUUCCUUCUUUGGCAACUUUACCUAUUAUUGUGUCGUCCUCCUCAACCCCCCACGGAAGGAUCGAGGGAAAAAAAAACGUUACUGCAAUGGGGUAAUUACUUUACCCUGGAAAUCUUGAGCCAUCGUCAUUGACACCAUGAAAUUCCGUUGUCCCAUUGGUUUGCGGUUUUAGGAGGCGAGAUAAUCUCCUGGCGUGGCGUGAGUUGAUUGCGAACCUUUACGAGCUAAAAUCUCGCACUUGAUUUUGGGAAGAAUACAACCACUUCGAGCGAAUUUAUAGGGUUUACAGAUUUAACCGAUUUUCUUCAAAUUCCGCCGAAACAUUCUAGGAAUAAUGAAAAACGAAAGUGUGUCGGGAAAUUUUGUUAUUUGAAAUAUUCGUCCCGUGGUGUCCAUUUACGCAACACGUCUCGCAUGUUUUUAGCUACUGCAACUUUAGAUGCCGAUAUCUAGAUAACCAAUCAGAAUAUCGAAAAAGCCUGAUUAAUUGAUUGAUGCCUUGUGAAUAAGACUGUUCAGCCAGUUUUGCUCGUGCUGCGGCAUCUGAUACCCUCUAAACUCAAUAGAAGAACCCUCGGUCUUUUCACGCCUAACCGGCCCCUGACUCUUCCUUAAAGGAAAAGUCGCUUAAAUUUUAUCUUAAUCGUAAAUUACCGUUAGUAAGCUUUCCUCCGACGUAUAGUUUGCUAGGAUUUUAGUGAAACUAGCGCGCGUACGAAUUUUUACCCCGAAGGACACCCGCGAAGGAGGGAAGUAAUCUUAACAGAGCGCUUCUAAUAAGUUGUACCGGAAAACGGUGCCUUUAAUGUAAGAUAUCCUUACAAGAAAAAAGAGAAUGAGAAAACUUGAGUGGCAUACCCUCCGUCGAGUUUGUACUGAUGCGUUGAGUGACGCCUAAGGAAGCCCUUUCACACAUGUGAACCGAAAAGCUUUUGUUUCAUCAGCUAUUGCGGCCUUAUCUCAGCAAGAUUUCAUAUCUUUCAGCAGUAGCAUUGGCUAUAGCGCGUUAGAAUAGUAAAACUUUAAAUUACAAAUUGAUUACAUUGGUUUUUAAACAGUAAAACUAACCACAGCAACCUAUGAUGGACUGGCAUUCAUUAAGGAGGACAAAGCCACACUCUUGUAGUUUUAUGCCGUGGAAACCGGGAUUAACUCCGGCUGCAUGCAUCACUAGGCUCGAAACAGAAUUAACCUCCUAGUAUCAAUUUGUAAUCCUUGUCAAUCAUCGUUACUUCAAGCCUUACUCCGCCCUAAGAAUGACUAGUAUCUAAUUUCUCCUAACACUGUUCCCACUGAGUUGACAUUGAUGUCUUGAAAAUCAAGGAGAUGAUCCAAAACUAAAGAAGCUCCUGAUCGUUGACUAAAUUCUCUUAGCUGGUGCCCACAGAAAUGUAUAGAGAACAGUAUAGCGAAUAUACAUGAUGAUGUUUCUUUAUUCUUAUUUAUUUAGUGCGUGAGGAACUCCAGCAAUCUAUUGAGAUUUCGCAUAUUUCAUUCGAUACAAUUCCCUUGACUCUCAAGAUUUCCUUAGUAACCAUGAAAAAGCUUCUUAGGGAUUUGUUUUUAAUCUCGUGAGGCAAACUUUAUACGUGACCACUUCAAACCAGUCCGUUGUCGCUUCUAAUCUUCUCGUCAUUAGUGGUUAAAACCACGCAAUUUGCUGUUUCUUAAUCUUAAAUUGAUUUCAAUCCAUUUUCUUUCUCGAGAGUUCCGUUGUGAUGUUUUGAUUUUGUCAUGAAUUUCCGUAGAAACAAGUGAGGAUUGUUUACAAAGCAACUCCCCUGGUCGUCUAAUUAGGAAAUUUGAGCACGUACGAGAUUCGUUGAUUGGACUAGUCAUUAAUUUCCGUAGAGACAAGCGAAAUUCGUUGAUUGGAUAAGUCAUGAAUUUCCUUAGAGGUAAACGAGGGUUGUUUACAAAGCAACUCCCCUCGUCGUCUUAUGAGGGAAUUUGAGCACGUACGAAAUUCGAAGAUACUUUCCUAGCGCUUAAAUACACAUUUUACCUUACUUGUUUUGUGUGGGAUAUGUUAAAAUAUUUGCCAUUAUCGAAUCAAGAAGUUGAAACCAAAGGAAAAAAAUAAAUUUGCGCCAUAAAUUUUAUAUAAAAUUUCGUGAUCGUGUAGCAAUGUGAAUCUCCUUGAUUUGGAAACCACGUCGGGAAAGAAAUAAACAAACACUUUCAAUGAUUCACAUCACUUUCCGCUCUUCUCUCACUCACGAUGCACGUAAUCGCCUGCGCUACUUAUGGAAAUGCACCUAGCCCCGGUGUAGUCGUGUAACUGUACCCUCCCCCCAUCCUUCCGUUUUUCCUUGGUGGGGGGAGGGUGUGGGUGCACGUAGGCUAAAAUGCACCAGGAAUAGUGCUUGCUUUUGUAAAGAAAGAUCUAGUUUACGGUUUCUUAGUUAAACCUAAAAUGAAACAUAUUCAUAUUCGUUUUGCGUUAUUAGAUACUUAUAAAAUAUUUUUGAACUUUUCAUUACUGGGAAUGAAAUAAAAUUAUCCAUCGGUCGGCAGUCUGAUAUUCCGACGUCACGCCUCCUUUAAAAUUGUUGAGUGACCACACAAACAACGAAUUUGGUGGAACAAAAACUAAUUUUCAUUUGCACAAGCUGUUCGAUUUAUUAUUCUUAAUGCCCUUUGUUCCAUAAGGAGCCCUGUGAAAUUUGCCAAUUUUAAUUCACUUCUUUUUUAUUGUUAUUUUGCAGCGUGGGUUCUUUCAAUCGGCUUGGGCAUGAUGUUUCUCUUUGCGCCAGUGACGUCAGCUUUCUGUGAACGCGUUGGUUGUCGGGUAGUAGCAUUCGUUGGUGGUUUGCUAGGAGUGCUGGGAUUUGUGUUAUCCUCGUUUGUCAACGACAUUCCUAAACUUUACCUGACGUUUGGAGUCCUGUGGGGGAUUGGUGCGAGCAUGAGCUAUUUGCCAACCCUUCGGUCGCUUCCGUAUUGGUUUGAAAGGUAAAUUAUUAAAAUUUAUGAGAACUACUUUCUUUCAUCGAUGAUGGUCGGCGGCCAAACAUCAUUUUUCAGUUGAUAGAUAAUCGGCUAAACUUUGGCCGAUUAUCUAUCAACUGAAUAUACGUAAUUAAUAGAAAUUUAAUGCUCUUAAAGUUGUUUUGAAAUACUUUUUGUUCAUACUUUUCUUUCAGGCGCAUAAGUCUGGCAAAUGGAAUUGUUACGGCCGGGAGUGGCGUAGGUACAAUUGCUAUGGGUCCCAUCAUGCAGCUCGUCGUGAACAAUCUAGGAUGGGCUAAUGCGGCAAGGGUGCUCGGUGGAGUUUUGUGUAUAUGUACCAUCGGUUCUCUGCUUUACAGAGUUCCCAGUCAAACUGAGCAUAAGGAUGAGAAAGCAGAAGAAGCUGUCAAACCCCCAAGACCGCCUUUGUUUGACUUUACUGUCUUCAAGAACAAAGCUUUCUUGGUCUGGUGCAUAGCUUUGAGCGCAUUUAUGAUGGGAUAUUUUGUUCCUUUUGUGCAUUUGGUAAGUCAAAUGCGUAGGAAAUGUAUUGUGCACGCUAUACGCACCUGUCUUUUACGACAAAUUUGCAUAACCGCGGGCAUGGACUUGAUCCGCCCCAGCCCUUUAUCUUCCCUUCCUUUUGGAAGAUAUUUUUCCUCUGUGUUUUAUCACUUUCUCCACAUCCAGGAGGUUAACCUUGUGAAUGCCAACUUGACUUUGGCAGGACGCAGUGUCUGCAAGCUGCCAUUUUCUACAUCUUUUGUGAACCCUUAAACUCCUAGGAGUAAGAAACACUUAAUUUCUGCUCACAAUAUCACCCCUGAGUCAAACAUCAAAGUCACUAGAAUACAGGAAAUGAUCUAAAGAAGGUCUUGAUUGUAAAACAAAUUCUCUUUGUCAGCAUCCUAGAUAAUGUAUAGAGAACAGUAUGGAGAAUAUGCCCACUGAUGUUAGGGUGUAAGGGGUUAACAUUCUCUUGCGAGAAAGUGGGAGAUUCUGGUCCACUGUUUUGGUUAACUUAGCAAACGAGAGCAGUUGCCUUUUUUUUUUUUUUUUUUUUUUUUUUUUUACUUUUUGUUUAAUUUGGGGAUGAAGCAAGAUGUCUGCUCAUUAGUCAGUCUUGAGAAUCCAUCAUUAAACACUGAUUUAUCUUUCUUACUCGCACAGCCGGCGUACGCCGAAGAAUGUGGUAUACCAAACUCGCAGUCUUCCACGCUGGUUGGCAUGAUGUCAGUAGGCUCGACUUUUGGUCGACUUCUUUUCGGAAAACUCGGAGAUCACCCGAGAGUGAACCGACUAUACUGUUUCCAGAUGGCGAUGCUACUCAUUGGGGUUGCCGAUACGUUGAGUACGCUGACCAAAUCUUACGCCGGCCUGGUUGUGUACAUGUUAGUCUUUGGUGUGUUUGAUGGUUGUUUUGUAGUCUUUUUGGCUGUUCUUUGCGCGGACAUUGUCGGAGUGGACAAGGUUGCUGCUGGAAUUGGCAUUCAAUUCUUCUUCAUGGCCAUAACGUCUAUUGCUGGUCCUCCUUUAGCAGGUAAUUAAUCCCAUCAUCUCACUCUUAAGUUACUUUUGGACCCGUUCUCAUCUGCAGAAGAUCUUAAGUAAUUCCCGCUGAACGCAUGGCCACUGAUUUGAUUUGCGCCUUCACUCUUUGUUCUCAGCGGGUACCUCUCAAAGCGGAACUAAAACAAUUUACCAGGAUUAUCUUUAUGAUAAUUAACCACUAUCGUAACAAAGCAUAAAUCAUCUUCCCUGUAAGAAAAAUUGGAGUCUCGUAUUCUUCAUGGCAUUUGACUUCCACUGAUUUCACAUAUUGGUCAAGUACGGGUCCUCCGGUCGAGGGACUCGGUCGGAACCUCGAAAAAUGUCCCAUAAAUGGAGCUGACCCUUGGAUGAAGGGUUUCGAUACAAAAGUUACAGGCACAUUUGUUUUCGACGGGAGAAAACUUUCGCUUAAAUGUAGGUGCUUUUUUUAAGAGAGUUUCUAAUGUCCUUUUGAAGAUUAUUUAUUCUUAAUCGUAUUUUUUAUCCCAGGCGUUAUUUACGAUCUCGCGCAGUCCUAUCAGAUCGCCUUUUACGUUGCUGGCGCCUGCUCCACUGUUGCAACGUGUUUGUUAUUUCUCGUGCCAGUCCUCAUGCCCAAAGAAAGUUACGAAGGUAGCAGUGAAGAGCAACCGCUAGAUGGUAUCCGUUCACCAGACUCUCUUCCUACAACUUCCACAAAAGCCAGUCUCGGCUCGUGCAACAAACUGAAUAGUAACUUGCAUCUUACAGCGAGCCAAUCUUACCUAAAUCGGUACUGGGAUAUGCCAAAGAGAACAAGCAUGCGUGCAAGCAUGGCAAGCCUUUUGUCGUAUUCGCCGCUGCAGCCGCCAAAAGAAGUCUUAGUUGUGGUAGAGAAGGUCUCUCAGGUUUGAGAACGAAGAAAAUGGUUUGAUUCAAAAUGGCGCCCAGAACCCUCUCCCUUUAAUGCUGAAGAUAGCAGAUAAUUUCUGCCUGUGUGUUCCAUCUUGUACUACGAGGUCAAGAACUUCCCGGUUAACGUUCAUUGUAUUUGAGCACCAUUCACGUGUCACUCCCACAAACUUCUUGUGUCACGAAAGAUGAGUCACGCAAUAUGGUACCGCUUCCGUCAUUCGUGCGACAACACUCUUGGACUCGGCAAAGCAGCCACUCGGCAAAAGACG